CUGGGUCUUGCUCAGCGCGCAGCCUCCGCUGUAUCGAGCGACCGCGCCCCUACCACGUGCUCCAUUCACCGGCUAGCCACGUGUGUGGGUAGUUCGUCCGUGAUGGGCGCGUCGGGCGUGUCGGACGAGUACUCGCCGCCGCGGCUGGCGCGGCUGCUCCACUCCUUACCCCACAUCAACGUGACGCUGCAUAGAGUCAACGACACAUUCGCACCAAACUCACCAAUAUAUCUUGAGAGUCUAGGUAUACUCGGUUCGAUUCCCGGUGCGUGGCUCAUACUGACGCUGACUGUACUCCUCAUAUACCUGCUGACGAGAUGCUGCGACAGGAAGCAGCGCCCGCCGAGGAGUAUCACAGCUUUAAAGAUAACGCUGAUGAUUCUAUCGGUGCUAUGUUGCGGUGCUAUCGGCGUCGGUCUUUUUGGCAAUGAUGACCUUCAUAACGCGAUGCUGCAGAGCAUCCAGGCUGGUAACCAGCUCGCAGCGCUCGUUAAUACUGUCAAGAACCAGUCCAGUAUCCUUGAAGAAGCGAUGGGUUCCCGGGCUCGAGCCCCCCUCGCUCGCCUUGCAGACGCUCUAGAUGCUCCUGUGGCUAACCAGACAGCUCUUGGUACUUUACUAAGAGCCUUAUCCGCUCUCCGGAACAACGCCAGCGCGGCCGCCUCAGCUGCUGAUAACCUUAGGAGGCCCUUGGCAGCGCUCAGCCUUGACGCUUUCAUGAAGCGCCUGUGGGUGUGGGAGGCUGCCCGCUGGGCGGGAGGUAUGGCCGGUUGGUGUUGUGGCGGCGCGGUGUGUGUGGCGCUACUAGCGGCUGCCGCGAGGCGCUCACGGCGGGCUCUGCUAAUGCUAUGUGUGUGUGCCCUGGGCGCGCUAGUAGCGUGUUGGGGCGCCAGUGCGGCAUUGUCAGCGGGCGCGGUGGCCGCGGCGGAUGCAUGCCAAGACCCGGCCCGCGCUCUGGCCUUGCACGCGCCGCACGGACUACCCGUCGACAUGGUGCACUACUACCUAUCUUGCAAGGUAUCCCGGGAGAACGUUCUAACAGCCGAACUCCGUAAUGCUCAGCGCGCAGUGGUGGCAGUCAGACAGGCGCUGGCCAUCCUCUCAAGAGGAGCUCCUCAGCUGUUCAAUGACCCCGGUCUUCAGCCGGCGCUGGGUGCGUUGGGCGCGGGUACGGGCGAGGCGGAGCGUGCGCUCGUGUCUCUAAGCGGGGCGCUCGAGUGUCGCACGGCGCGGGCCUACUUCGUGGCGGCGGCGAGGGCUGCCUGCGAUGGAGGACUACAGGCGCUCUCCCUACAGCUGUUAGCGGCCAUCAUCGCCGGUUUCCUCUUCACUGCCAUCGUUCUAGUCGACUCACACGCUUGGAUCUAUAUUAAUACCAAGCGAAGCGUCUCAGUAGAGGAGCAGGCUCCGUUCUUAUCGACAGGCAGCGCCGGUUCCCGCACCCUGCCCCGGCCGGCUCCCUUCCCUAACGGCAAACCUCCCUCCUACAGCGCCGCCGUACAACUCAUGGACCUCGCGGACCGCGACAGAGAACGACCCAGGUCUCGUAUGUCCGGCAGUGCCACGCUAGGCCGUGCAAGCAGCGGCACCGGCGCGGCGGCGGCUCUAGCAGCUCCCGGCGGCUCCCACACGCUCGGCCGAGCUCACAACGGCAAGUACGCCACCCUCAGCAAGCAGUGCAAGACGCUGGAGAGCAACGACUUCUACUGA